AAGAGGUUUGGCCGAUACAAUCUUGGUGCACAAAGUUGCAGCUAUGGCUGCUAAAGGGGCAAGCCUUGAAGAUGCUGAAAAUUUUGGAACCAAUGGUGUUGUUUGUUAUGAAUGGGUAUUCCAUGGUGAAUCCCCUUCAUCUCGUAACCUUGAACAAAAGAUGGUAGACAUUAUUAUUAUCCAAGAUUCGGAUAGAAUAUCAAACCCGAAAAAGAUCAAUUUGUUGACCUCUCUUAAUAUGCACGGA